UUUUCCCUCGACGACAACCACCUUAGGGUUAGGUUUAUUUCUCUUAUUCUCUCUACUUUUUUUUCCCUAUUACGAUUGCGAUUUCGAUUUGUCUUCUCCGAUUCGCCCUUCAUUCGCUCUCCAGACUCUAGGGUUUCUGUUUCGGAUUUCGAAUCGGAUCUGUACUUACUCAUGGAUGCUCGUAAGAGAGGACGGCCUGAAGCUGGCUCAUACAACUCCAAUGGCGGCGGAUUCAAGAAGUCUAAGCAAGAGAUGGAAUCAUAUUCAACUGGUUUAGGAAGCAAAUCGAAGCCAUGCACAAAAUUUUUCAGCACUUCUGGCUGUCCUUUUGGAGAGAAUUGCCAUUUCUUGCAUUAUGUACCCGGAGGAUACAAUGCUGUAGCACAGUUAACAAAUAUGGGACCACCAAUGCCUCAAGUUUCAAGAAACAUGCAAGGACCUGUUGGUGGGGGCCGAUUCUCAGGGAGAGGAGAGUCUGGACCUGGCCAUGUCUCUAGCUUCGGUGCCUCAGCCACCGCCAAAAUAAGUGUUGAUGCUUCAUUAGCCGGCGCAAUCAUUGGAAAAGGUGGAGUCAGUUCGAAACAGAUAUGUCGUCAGACAGGGGCAAAGUUAUCGAUUCAAGAUCACGAGAGAGACCCGAAUCUGAAGAACAUUGAGCUUGAAGGAACAUUUGAGCAGAUAAACGAAGCCAGCGCAAUGGUUAGAGAGCUGAUUGGGAGGCUUAAUUCGGCAGCUAGGAAACCGCCAGGUGGUGGUGGUGGCAUUGGCUCUGAAGGGAAACCGCAUCCAGGAAGCAACUUCAAGACGAAGAUAUGUGAGAGAUUCUCUAAAGGAAACUGUACAUUUGGUGAUAGAUGUCACUUUGCACACGGCGAAGCAGAGCUACGCAGGUCAGGGAUUGCCUAGUUGGUUGAGUUAGACAAUUUGCUGGGAAACAAGUCUUUCUUUUGUAGUUGGUGAUAUCUAAUAUCAUCAUCUUCACCUGCUGUUUCUUUUUAUCUUUUGUUAUGAGAAUACAGUGUUGGUUUCAUUGUCUUUGUAAGUUCUUUUAUCUGUUUGGUGAUUUUUUAGAAUUUAGUUUUUGGAUAAAUCGAGUUUGAAUUGAGGUAAGAGGCUUGAAGAAAUAUUGACAAACUUAGAAACAGUGGUUAGGAUUUGUAUGCUACGUUUUAUCUGUGUUCACGUUUCCUCUACUGUCAUACUGUGUGUGAGUCAGAUAUGUCAUCUUUUCGUA